ACCUCAAUAAUACUCCUCAGGCCAUUGCACUCUCACUAGCAACCUCUCACCUACUCACCCCCCACCCACCUACCCACAAAAACUAAAUUCCAUAAUACCUUACUAAAACUGCAUUAUUAUUCAUCUUAUAUCCUAUUAAGUAAUCUAAACCAAACCCUCUAAACUCAAUCCUACCUCUUAAUUUGUUCCUUCACCUUCCAUAUAUGUUAUGUUAUUGGCUUCUAUUGAAACUUAAAAAGGUGAAUGAUAUAUAGUUAGCACAAGAGAAAGCAUACCUAUUUUUCAUCUUUGUUAUUUUUUCAUGGAAAACCAAUCACCACCACCACCACCAUCAUCACCAUCAUCAAAGACUGCUGAAGUGGAUUUGCCUCUUCAUGAAAUUGGGUUUGAGCUUCAAGACUUAACCCCACAAAGGGUCUCUGGCCAUCUCAAAAUUACCCCUAAGUGCUGCCAGCCAUUCAAGGUGUUACAUGGAGGAGUGUCAGCAUUGAUAGCAGAGGCAUUGGCAAGCAUAGGAGCUCACAUGGCUUCUGGUUAUCAAAGAGUGGCAGGAAUUCAGCUUAGUAUCAACCAUUUGAAACGUGCUGAUCUUGGUGACUUGAUCUUUGCUGAAGCCACCCCUAUUGUCACUGGUAAAACCAUUCAGGUAUGGGAGGUGAGAAUUUGGAAGAUUGAUCAAUCCAAUUCAGAAAAGAGAACCAUGAUAUCAUCAUCUAGGGUGACCCUACUAUGCAACAUGCCUGUCCCAGAAAAUGUAAAAGAUGCUGGCAAAAAUCUCAAGAAGCAUGCAAGGCUAUGAAAUGUUAACAUAUGUUGAAUAUUGACAUAAGCAAAAGCUGGGAUGAAAUUAGGGAAGGAUUAUUAUUUAUCAGAAAAGAUACAAAACCAAAAGGCAACAAAAGCAUCACCUAUAUUGUUGAAAAUGUACACUACAGUCAUAAAAUCCCUGCUGAAAAGGAAAGUACAUCAUGUAAAAAUUGUAAAUUGUUGAAGACUUUAACCUUGUAAAAUGCUGCAGCAUACAAGAGAAUU